AGCUGUGCCUCGUGCAAGCGCAGUGCUCGUGCACGUGUGUGUGUGCGGAUGAUUCAGCAGCUCGAGCUUCAGUCUCAACAUGUGCAGCAGCGGCGGACUAACGGCACAUUAACGGCCGUUACCGGGACCCUCUGACCGGAGAGCAGCCGAACCGCACCGCGGAACCCUCGUACCGGAGCCCCGGGGCCUCUGCUCGGUGCGUCGGUCCGUCCGUCUGUCGGUGGAGGCCGAGCGGAGGCUGCCGCGUCGACCUUCCUCUUCCAAACCCCCCUCAGGAUUCUACCGGUUACCGGGACUCUUUACGGUCCGUCGGGUUCUAUCCGAAUCCCUCCGGUUGGAUUUUACAGAACCCCGCCGGGACCGACUCCAGCUGCUCCCUCCAGCCGCCGGCAGAGCGACAUUUCCGCAUUCGGAUGCUCCGUCAGCCGGCAGCUCCUGUCACUCAGUGUCUCCAUGGUGAAGUGGUCUGAUGUCAGCCCCUCCUCUCGUAGACCCUCCCACCGUCACCAUGCCAACCAUGGUUUCUAGGCUGCCCAAGUUCGGUUCUCGGCCCAGAUCUCAGACGGCUCCGGCUGCAGCCACCAGCGCUUCUUCUGCCGCCAGCAGCCGCCUCACCAACGGGUUCUACCACCACCCCGGCCCAGUGGGGGUCAACGGCUCCUUCACGACGCCGCCCUCCGCCAUCCGGCAGAACGGCUUCAUCAGAGUACCAACUUCCUUCUCCAUGAAGUGGAGGAAGGAGGGCGGGGCGACGGAGGACGGUGAGGCGAAGAGCGUCCAGCAGCAGGCCAGAAAACCAGCCACGCCCCCUGCGGGAAAGGGGCGUGGCUUUGGCCAGCCGGUGACAUCAUCCUCGCCGUCGCCGCAGUCGAGCCCCAGAACUCUGCCUGUUUCUAAGACCGGCUCCAGACUGAGCCCGCCGGCGUCUGGACCUCCCAAACGGACCCUGAACGGCGUCUCCAAAACUCGCGGCACCCUCAGGCAGCCUCAGAGCUUUGGUCGACCCGGUUCCAGGCCCAGUUCUGGACCGGGGUCACGGUCCGGGUCGCCCCUCCAGAAGAAGGCACCAGCCAGCCGCUCGUACUCCAGCGACAGCCUUGGUUCCUCUCCCUCCGUCCAGCUGACCCAGAAUGACCGAUUCCGCUCCCGGAGCCUCACCCAGGUCCGACGGCAGCCCUCCCCCACCCUCACCCCCUCCUCCCCCACUGUCACCCACGGCAACAGGGCGUCAUCCGCCCAGGCUCUGCCCAGAAAACCUCCAGAGGGAGGAGCUCGGGCCGGUGGAGGGGUCAAGGGCAGGUCAGGUGUCCCCUCCCUUCUGCCCCCGGGGGCCUUAAAGAAGCCCCUCCUACCCAGCCUUAGCCCUGCCUCCAAGCCCAGCGGCAUCAGCUAUAAGCUGUCGCGUCCAUCACUCAUGAAGCAGUCCCGCCCCCUUCGAGUGACUCCAACCAAUGAGAGAGGAGGAGAAAUAAACCGAGGACUGAACGGACGAAGAGACUCAGUGGAGACGCCGUCGACCACAGACAACAGCCCUGUAGAAGACUCCCCUGAUGCUCCAGAGCCAGAGGGGCUGCCAGCAGAGCUUGUAUCCCAUGGAGAGGUGUCCAUCGUGGGGGAGACGCUAGAGGACAUGUCCUUGUCCUCCACCUCUUCUCUGGACAGAAAUGACACCAGUCAGGAGUACAUGGAUGACUUCGACAACCUCGGUAACGGAAGCGUCGGCAUUCUGCUGCUCUCCUCCAAAAACGACGAAGACGACUCCGGGCUCGACCAAUCGUGUUCCAGGUUCAACGAUGAUAAGCUUCCCGCUGUUAACGGUGUCACCAAGGCAACCGGACUGUGUUUCCUGGACGACAGUUUGGAUUGGACCGGCGUCAGACUCAGCAGUGAACCAGGAGAGAAUCGACUGAACCAAUUGACCCGCCGGAGGAAGUCCAGUCACCCAGAAUACCACGAACAGGGCGGUUCGUCCCUGGAUCUGUCCCCCUCCGACAGCUGUGGUUCCGGUGGGACCUACAUGUGGGAUGAGGAGGGUCUGGAGCCACUAGGGGGCGCCGCCACCACCGCCUCCAUCCACACCAACAGCAACACCACCCACCACAUCGGCAGCUUCGACUCGGACAUCAACAGCAUCGACAUCCUGAACAACCUGGACUCUGAUCUGGCCGAUGAUGAUCUCAUGCUGGAUGUUGAUUUCCCAGAAGAAGCUUCUCUUCACAGCAACGGAGACGUUCUGCCCCACAUGGCCCAGUGGAGGAUGAGGCAGCUCUGCUGGGGAACUCAGGACGUCCACAACGACAACGAAAGUGAUUUUCAGUGCUUCAAGCUGACCGAGGAUCCUGGAAACAAGAGGAAGGACUCGACCAGAGACGGAGAUCUGAUCCUGGAUCUGUGUGCGACCAGGACUUCCUGUCUGUCUCCUGGUUCUCCUGGUCUGGGUCUGGAUGUGGAGGAACUGGCUGAAGACUGUUGUGCUGUCAGAUCCCAGCUGGAGUAUCUGCAGAGGUUACUGCUGCAGGAGGAAGAUCUGGACGACGACACUCUGACCACCGACACUCUGAGUCCAGAAACCGUCGAUUCGUCCCACAGCUCCGACUCUCAGGUUCAGGCUCUUCUGCAGGAAGUUCAGCAACUCCGAGAAGAACUGAGGAGUCGAGAUCGAACCAUCGCUCAGCUCACAAUCCAGCUGACGGUUCCCACGGUAACCACCAGGUGUCGUUGCCUGGAGAUGACAGGAAGGAUGGAUCAACACACGCAGACGAGUGUGACAGAGAGAGAGAACGUUGCCUCACAGACACCGUGGAGAGAUCACACCUCACAGAUACUUCACUCCUCCAAUCAGGAUGACCAGGAACCACUGACAACGCCGCCGCCACCCACCCAAGCUCCGCCUCCAGCCCGCCACGCCCCCGCCGACAGACUCCCCACGCCGCCGCUGCCGGGAGCAGAGGAUGAUGGGAAAGCACAGGAGAAAGGUGACCGAAGAGGAAGAUCCCUGCUGCCCCCUCAGCCCUCAAAGCUCCGCCUCUUCUCCUCUAGCCCCGCCUCUCUGAGGGCGACCCGGCCGCCUCGCGACCCAGAAACCAGCAGCUCUUCUGGGGUCAAACUCAGAACCUCUGGCUCGUCACGCCUCCCCAAACCAAAGAGCCACUGAGCCGCCGCCUUCCUAACACGCAGCGACGUUUACCAGCGCUAAACCUGCCUCAAACUCAAAGAAUAUUUAUUUAAUGCUCAUAGUUUGCUUCAUAAUACAAGUUUAAAAACCAAUUGAUGCUAAAUGUGAAACGACUGGAGGAGGUUUUCUGCCGAGUCUGAGAGGUGUCAUCGAGAAAAAAAUAACAAUCUCUACAUUUAAUUUGAAAACACUUCAUCAGAUUGCUCUCUUUUUAUGACUGAUUGAUUAGAGGUUCUUUAUUUUGGGAUAUUGAUCUGAGAUUUUUCAGGUUUUGGCUGCUAAACAUGACAGAGUUUUACUGUAAAACCUCAAAAAAGCAAAAACUUGGCCUCAUUUUCAAACUUUCUCUGCAAAAACUACGACAGUAAAUGAAGUGGGGAACGUGACACCGGCCAGGCUCUGCAGUAUUCAGCCUCCUGAUUUAAAUUUAUUGGUACAUUAAGCAAAUAAAAUAAAAAUAUCUGUCACUAAGUGCACAUAAGCCAUUCGCCUGCAGUUUUAAAUAAUUAAUGAGCACCAAGUGAACACUUUCUGUGAUUUAAAUGGAGCACUUCUCUAAAAUACCUGAUCUGGAAAUCAAUAACUGCUCAUAAACUCAUCACGGCUCGUUAAUUUGAAGUCAUUUAUCGCUCUUAGUUAAAUAAAUCAUCACCAAAAUCAGUUCAAAUCACACUGCUGUGAUGCAUUAAUGAUGGCUUUUAUUGGAAAAACUACAGUUUAAAAGCUUCUUUCAGUCUCUCGCUGUGUGUUAGGAAACGAUUUCACUGCUGGAAAACCUCCAAAACCAACCAUCUGCUCACAUCUCCGAGGUCAGAAAACGCUUCGUCUUUUGCUCGGUUUGCAGUUUUGUACUUGUGAAUUCAGAAGCAAAAAGACGAAAACCGCGACCAGAAUCUGAGAGUUUUUUUUCACGUCGCUUCUGUUAAAAUCUGCGACUUUGUUUUCGUUAAAGCCUCCACAGGUGGUUAAACUGCAGCUUUUCAGCAGUGAUUCAGGUUAAAGAUCUCAGGAUGCUUCAGACAGCAGCUUGUUUCAUACAAGUCUAUGACAUUUUCUUUACAGAUAAAAUUUACACACAAAGCAACCACAAAGAGACACAAAACGACCACAGAGACACAAAACAACCACCGAGAGAUGCAAAACAAUCACAAAGAGACACAAAAUGACGACAAAGAGAUGCCAAACAACCACAAAGUAACGCAAAACAACCACAAGACACAAGAUGACGACAAAGAGAUGCAAAACAACCACAAAGAGACACAAAAACGAGACACACAAUUAGGAUAAAGAGACAUAAAACAACCACAAAACUAUCGCAGAGAUGCAAAACAACCUGAAGAGACAAAAAAACGACACAAAAUGACUAUAGAGAGACAAAAACAGCCACGGAGACAAAAAGUCACGAUAAAGAGACGCAACAUCACCACAAAAAUAGUUAAAACAACCACAGAGACACAAGACAACCACAAAGAGACUGACAGAUUCCUCUCUGCAUGAUGAGUUCAUUUAUUUAUGAGUUUACGGACAUUUUGUCGUGCAUCAUUGCUGCUCUUUCAAUCCUCUGAUUGCAUCUAAAACCACUUUUCCAUCCAACAACCUUUCAGAAACUGACAACUUUACACAAAAACACACAAAAAUGCAGCGUUUUCAUACUAAGCUGUUAGUCUGAAGCAUCCUGAGGCUUUAACCUGGACUGAAGGCUGGAAACACUUUAAAUCUCAGAAAACAUUCAAAUAUUUCAGCUCCAACCUUCACCCGUUUAAGUGUCUCUUCCUCCAACAAAAACUGACAUUUUAGCUUUUAUCGCCGCUCUGAAUGCCGGACGUCACAUCUGAGGUUGAAAUACGCAGAAUCAUCUCCACACUUAAGGAACGUUUCUGCAGGAAAAUCAACCCGCUAGAAGCUAAAGUUCCUCAACCAUUCCUCAUCGGCGAGUCUGUCGGCGCUGCUCGCUUCCACGGUAGUAUAUGCAACAAAAUAUGCAACGAAAGUCGCAGGUUCAAGCCCCAGAAACACACUGGAGGUGGGAAAUAUGCAAAACCAGCUUGGCUUAGUUCCACAUUUCAUGCAGCUGAGGACAGUUUGGUGGAAAUCUGGAAACUUUAAGAUCAGAAAGCUCACAGGCGGCAGGUUUUACUGUAAGAGGUUCCAGGUAUACAUUUAGCUUUCAAAUGGAACAAUGUUGGAUUUGUUGGACAAAAUAAGACGAUUAAAUCUCAUUUUGAUUUUUUUACAACUUCUUGGACAUCUUAAAGGCUUAAAAGAGGGUUAGUAAAAAGUGAAAUAAUCAUCAGUCAUCUCAGAAUUACCAGCAGCUUUAAUUAGGCUCCAAGCACCACGUAGUAAUAUUAUGAAAAUUCAGCCCCUGAACCACGUUUCACCUGCAGCUACGAAAUUCGGUACGCAUAUGUAACUCGUCAGGAUGCACAAAAAAGCCUCUUGCACCAUUACCCAAAACCCAACAGGAAGUCAGCCAUUUUGAAUUAUCUGUCAUAUUUUGGACGAUUUUGUGUCUUUUUUGGACAUUUUCAAAAGCUAUAAACUCAAACAGGGUAACUCUGAGAGAGCUGAAAUUUGGUCAGGAUGUACACCAGGCAUGGGUGAUCAAAAGUUAUUAAAAUGCUCCGGAAAAGUCUGAGGGCGUGGAAAUGGCGACCAGCAGAAUGCAACCAUUUUGGAUGUUUCGCCACAAAACAGGAAGUGCUGCAUUACUAGCCUGUACAUGCUCCAAUCUGCCUGAAACUUUACAUGUUUGAUCAGAGUCCAGCCCUGAUAACAUCCAUAGGCCAAAAUACACUCUUAGUCAGAUGUCUGUGUAGUUUCUCAUUCAUCCAGGUCAUAGUUAUCCAAAAUUGUUUAAUUCAAUCCAACUGGACUUUAAGAAGGUUCCUUGAAGACGUUUCACCUCUCAUCCAAGAGGCUCCUUCAGUUCUGGUGGUGGUUGAUGUUGCCUCAGCUUAACCUCUGUGAGAUGUGGUCAGUGCUAUUUGUAUCCCGACGACCAUUGCCAAGACCCAGUCUGAGCCAGACGGGUCUUGGCAACAGUCGUCUCUUAAGUCAAAGCAAAGUUUUACUUACGGCAAGGAAUCAACAUGAACAGAACCCAGUCUGAACGAGUGACUGACAAAGGCGAGAAACAGCGUAGCUUUUCUACAUCCACAUCAGCAUGAGUUCCACAUCUUGGUCUGUUAUCUGUAGUUUACUGCUUGAGGACUUGGUUCCUCUUCAGAGCACUUCAAGGAAAAUUACUGAGCGCAGCUUCAUAUGAGUUAUACGCCACACAGUUGUAUCGUAUUACAACGAAUGAGAGCAUUUCAUCAUAAAAUACAAUAAUUUUCAUAACAGUAUGAAAUAAAUCCUUCAAACAAACUGAAACAGACGUUUUAAAAUUCAAACUUGAACUCAGAAACAAAAAACAGGACAAACUUUUGGGAAAUAUUGAAUUUCUCUUUCAACCCUCUGAUUUUUCCGUCUCCCCUCGGCAGCGUCAGGUACCGCUCAGGUGCUGUGGAUGGGAGGCGGUUGCCACGGCAACGCAGCCGGUGGCGACAUCACCGUGGGGAUUUUACCUUGAAAGCUGCUGUGUCCCUCGUUUUCUCUCCAUUAGAGAUGAAUCUGUUGGUCUGAGCCUCACGCAGACGCUUUUCAGCUGCAGUCAGAGAUGAUUCAGGCAGAAGAUUUGAAGAUUUUCCAAAAUUAACUAAGAAAUCUGUCGUAAAAAAAGCAAAAAGAACAUAUUUUGCAGCAAAUUUACUCUGAAGUCUUUCUGAAAUCAUCAUUCUUGCUGAUUUCUGGUGAAAUCUUGUAAUUUUCUGAACCCUCAAUGUAUAAAAUCUAUAAAAUUGGAGGUUUUUGCAGAUUAAAUGACACUUUAUGAAGAAAUUAUGAUAAAAAUUCCACUAAAAAUGCUCCUCACACAUGGAUGCAUCCGUAAUUAUAAUCCAUUUUUGAGUACUUUCACUUUUAGAAGUGUUUUUAAGUUUAUUCUGCAGUAAAUAACCUGCAUUUCUGAGUAUUUCUGAGCCGUUACUGCCAGAUUUCUGCCGUUUAAAGCUGCAGUUUUCUGCUCGUUCAUCUCGUCCAGUUAAUGAACGUCAUCAGAGGAAACUCCGUCAGAUUAACGGCGUCUUAGCUGCAGCUUUCUCUGGAUUUUCAGGAGAAUGUUCUCAGUGAAACCCGAAGGUCGAUUCAUCUUAAAGACGGAGAGAAAAAGCCGCUGAUCUGCCUCCCAGCGGCCAAUUAAAACCUCUGCUGAUGAAACACGACGUUAAAUCUGAUUCUGCGUGGAUUUAUCUGGACUAGGAUGAGAUUUUGGGAGAACUUCCGGCAAAAGUAGUUCCCAGGAAAGAAACCAAAGUUUAAUAUUUAACCUGAAUUCUGAGAGAACAAGCUGCUUCUGUUCAACAAUAUGAAUCUAUAAAUUAUUAAUGAUCAGUUCUGGUUUCCUCGUGAACGAAUUCAGAGCCUAGAAAUUCCAGUUUUUACUGUAGAGUCGAGGAAACUGCUGUAUUUUCCCUUCAUUGGGUCAUUUUUUACUCUGAGUUUGAAUUCUGAGCUCAAACAACCAGAGCAUCUUCUGUGGAAUUGAAUCUAUUAUAUUUCAUUAUGUUCUGAUUCGACACCUGGAGCCCAAAUUUACAUAAAUACAAACAUUUCCUGCAUAAAGAGAAACAAAGUGGAGCUUAAAGAGUCGGUAGGAUGCAGAAAAUGGGCUGUGAUCUGCAGAUUUAUCAGUUAUUUAUCAGAUAAACCUCCGUCUGCUUUCAUAUCAAACACAUUAAAGUUUAUAUUUAAUCUGAUUUCACAAAAUUCCUGAGCGGAUGUGAACACAGAAUUAAAUUUAUGCAUCUAAUGGAGAAAAAAACCCAUUCUAAAUUAUUUAAAAAUCACAGAAAAUUAACAAAAAACCCCAUCAAAUUUAACGUUUUGACUGAAAAACAACCUAGUUUGUGUAUUUUUGUUCAUUUUGACAAAUCUUUCAAAUUUUUUUCUAUAAAACAUCAAAAACAAUGGAAAAAUUAUCAAAUUCUCCAAAAUUUUCCAACAGAUUGUCCGAAAAUCCAAAGGUCUUGAGUUUACUAAAAUGUAAAACAAAGAAUCUAGUAAUUCUCACAUGAUCAGUUAUUUAUCAUAUAAACCUUCAUCUUCUUUAUCAUCAAACAUAUUGAAGGUUUUUUUAAGUCUGAUUUUACAGAGUUCCUCACAACAAAAGCUAAAAAUAAAAGAAUAUAGACACUGAAUUAAAUGUAUGCAUCUAAUGGAGAAAAAAAACAUUAGAAAUUCCUUAAGAAUCACAGAAAAUGAACAAAAAAACCAUCAAAUUUCACUUUUGGACUGUGAAAAACAGCCUUGUUUGUGUAUUUUGUUCAUUUUGAUGAAUCUCUCAACAAUUUUUUUCUAUUCAGAUCAUGAUUUGUUCUAUAAAACAUCUAAACAGUGAAAAAACAUCAAAUUCUCCAAAAUUUGUCAACAGAUUGUCCAAAAAUCAAAAGAUCUUCAGUUUACUAAAACAUAAAACACAGAAAAUCUAAUAAUUUUGUGUAUUUCAGAACCUUAUAUCCAUUAAAUAUUUGGAUUUUUUUUGGGUUUAGGAAAGAAUUGAACUGACUGAUCGAUUAAUUUUCUUUAUUUUGUUGCAGACAAACUGUAUAAGAAAUUCCACCUAUUUCAUGUAAAUUAAAAUGUAAUUUAUGGUAAAAAAUAAAUAACAGAAAUGAUUAACUGUCGUAUGCAUGCACCAUACAUGAAUGUGCUCAUAACAUCUGAAAAAUCAAUAUUAAAUCAAAUAACAGCCAUUCUACAUGUUAUUAGCUGAAAAUUAUGUCAGAUAUUAGAUUUUUCUGUGCAUUUUUUUGUAAAUUCAGCUGUUUUCUCCAUUGAAACUCACCUGUUCACAUGUUUUGAAGGUUUUGAAGCUCAAACUGUCCUGAUUUUGUCCAACAAUCCCAAAGAAACCGACUGAAUCUGAACGUCUGAGCGGCUGGAAGCAGCAAACGUUUGACGUUUUUUAUCAGAAAACAAUCUGACAACGGCUCAAAGUCUGAUUUUUGUUGAACCUCGACUCUUUUUACCCUCCGGGCUUCGUCUUCGGGUUAAAACAUCAAUAAAACUGCUGCUGCUGCUGUUGUUUGAGAAUUUAGCUCCUGAACUUCAGUUUGUUUCCUCUGACGGCCUGUGAGAGUUUCUGAGGUUUAACAUCUGGAUGGAAGCUGCACAUCUGUCCUCAGCUGAUCCGUGUCUUAUUUCUGGUAGAUUCUGCUUCUGUUGCCAAGUUUCAGUUCAGAAGUGACCAUGAUGUCCGUUUAUUAUUUAGAUAUUUACCAGAUGUUGGAGUUAAACUGGUCACUCAGAGAUCAUGUUCUGUAAGUUCUCAAAUGAAAGCGCAUCAUGUCGAGGUUACGGCUGACAAAAACAAAGAAAACCCAGUUAAAACUCUGAAUUUAUGAUUUUAAAUUCAUCAUAAUGUACAUUUCCAUAGGAACAAGUGAGUCUUUUUCACAGAAGUAUCCCAAAUCUUGUCUACUUUGUCAUGUUCUUGAUUACUUCUAACUUGCAGACACAAAAAUUCAAACUUUUAACUCUUUAUAUUCUAACAAAAAGCUUGUAAUGCAAACUCUCGAUGCAGAAAAUGUCAAAGACCAUCAGAAAGAUCAUACAACCAGCAAACAAUACAACCAACAUGGGAAAUGAAUGAUUCAUCCAAAUGAAUAAAGCCUCUCUGUGUCUGUUUCACAGUAAAAGCCAGGCUUUAACCAGUGUAAGGCUUUUAUUCUGAAAUACAUGUGCAGAAAGUGUUGAUUUUUGUAGACGGUAGCCUGAUCAGUGCUACCACAGUGAAGGCAGGACUAUGAAGAACGGAGUCUAUGGAGCUGUAUGAGCAUCUGCCAGUGGUUUUAAACGCCUCUUUCACAGCAAUGAAAGGAAAGCAGCAAAUUAGAGGAAAAUAGGCCGUGAUUAGUGAACAAAAACACUAAAUUUAUUUAAAAUAUGAAGUGUUUUUAGCAGAGAUGUGAGGAUGAUGUGACCUUAGGUGUCCGCAGGUCAGAAGAAGACCUUAAAAGGUGUUGAAAACCUGAAAUUUUUUAUCUACAAAACUGUGCUUUAUCUAGAAUAAUGUGAGAAAAAUUUUGAUCAAAGAUCGAUCAAGAAUUCCAUCAUUUUUAAUUUACUGACUUGUCCAUUCUGAGCUUGUGAUCUUCUAGAUGUUAUCGAUUAAAUUCCAGAUUUUCAACACUUUUUAAGACCUUUAGAAAACACAUAAAACCCCCUUUUCGACCGGGGUGGAGCCCGUUCGGAGUCGGAGCCGGCGCCCGACUUGGUGCCGUUUUUUAGUCUUUCCACCACCGGAGCUGCGGCUCCGGGCUCCAAAAACUGGGGCUGUUUCGGGCACCAACUCGUUGCUGGGCCAGAGGUGGCCAGAGUUGAGAGCCGAGCACGUCACGGGCAGAGGGCGGGGUGACAUCUAAAAACAUCUAAAAAGAUAAACAUAGAUAUGAUCAUCAACUUAUUGCGCGUGUUUAACAGCUAAGUAAUCAAUGCAAGCGUAGUCGAAGCUAAGUAGCUAAGCUAACGCUAGCACGUUUACUGUUAAGUAUCCAAACGUCUUUGAUAAUUACCUUUCUUCUCAAACGUGAUCGCUGGGCAUUGGAACGGCGACGCCGAUGGGUAACCCCUAACAGAAGGUUUUGCUGUUCAGCGAUGGCGAGACACACUAGCAAAGCCAUGAACACCACUCCAAUGAAGUCCUCCAUUGUUGUUGUGUGGGUUUCCGUACGGCGUGAACGCUGUUGAACGGCUACGUACGCAGUACGUACACACGUUUUGUGGUGGCGCAAUGACGCAGCUCCAACUUUGCUCCUUGAGUGGAAACACAAACCCGUUCUGGGGCAGCACGAGAUUUGAACCAAAAAAGCACUGGCUCUCAACUUUGAACCAACCUAGCACCUGGUGCUCUUUGGUCGAAAAGGGGCUAAAGACGUUUAAAACCGCUCCAAACACAAAGGUUAUCGAAGAAAAUCUGUAUUUCUUUUUCUUUGGAGGAAAGCCCCAAAAAAACACCUUUAUUUACUUUUCAUCACAAAACUUCCAGAUGAAACUUUCCUAAACUACAUGAAAAGAAGCCUGAUGAAUGUUGGAGAACAUUCUUUGGUCAGAUGAGAUCAAGAUAAAUGUGUUGGUCCUCUAUGUUUGCUAUGAACCCGACCAGGACUACCAUAGUGAAGGCAUAGUCCUGACAGUGAAGAACAGAGUUGUGUCUGCAAGUGUUUUUAAAGGUCUUUCUAGGUUUUAAAACCUUUUAAAAGCACAUAAAGGUGUUUAAAAAUUUAGAUUUUCUGAACUCUGCAGAAUCUUUGCACCUUUAUUCAUUGAUUUUGUGGAAAUGUUCGUCAUAGAAAUGAGUAAAAACUAAAAGUAAACAUGGAAGAGGUGUUGAUUCUGACGAAACAGCAAAUUAAACAAGGAGCUCUGUUAACAAAUCUGGAUAAAAUCUACUUCUAAAAACAGAGAGAAUGAGAAAUAAAGGCUUUUUGAAUUAAUUGAAGGUCAGUAACGCCUCAGUGAUCGCAGAUUUUAUUUGAGAAUUUACAGACGUGUCGACGUUUCGCAGGUGAAAGUCGAGUUUCCACAUGAAGCUGCUUCUUAUUUCCGCUGUAUUUAAAUGAACGUUUAAUAUCCGUCAUGUCGUGUCUCCACAGUUCCACCUGAAAUAUUCAGAUUAUUGUACUCACUGGUCACAUCUCUGCAGUACUGAGAUGUGUAAUACUUCGCACUGCUGUACUCCGUCAUGUUAAAACUUGAACUAGCGGUACUGUAUGUUGACACACUUCCUGCCGCUGGGUUUCAUUUGUUGUAUUUUUUUUUGUGCAAUAACUUUUACGUCGCUGAGCUAACUCUUAUUUAAACUGUACAAAAUGUAGCGACUGUAAUUAUUAUUAUUAUUAUUAAUGUUGUUGUUGUUAACUCUGAAUAUUGAGCUUGUAAAGAAUCAGAAAAUGCACUUUAAUGAAAUGUCCCAAAUGCUGAGUUUGAUUUGUGUUUAUUUUGUGUUUUUGUCAUGAAAAUCAGUUUUUUCUUUUGGUUUUAUUUGCAUUAAUGCUGCGUUCAUGUUUCAUGUCCAGUGAAAACUUCAUGCAGGUUUUAAGAAAUGACAACAAAUGAGAGUUCAGGUUUUAUUUUUAAAAAAAAGAGACAAAAAUUCUGCACGUUUGUCCUCAUAGAUUUAUUCUACUUUAAUUUAUAAGAAUUAUUUUUCUGUAAUCAGAUUUAUUUUUCUCAGAUAACCCUUCAUCUUCUUCAUCAUCAAACAUGUUAAAGGUUUUAUUUAAUCAGAUUUUACAGAGUUCCUCACAACAAAAGAUAAAAUUUAAAUAAUCUAAACACACAGAGUUACAUUUCUACAUCUAAUGUAAAAAAAACCAACUAUUUUCUUAAAAAUCACAGAACAUUGGCAAUAAAAUUUGCGAAAAAAAUCAAAUUUCACUUUUUGACUGUGAAAAACAGCCUAGUUUGUGUAUUUUUGUUCUGAUGAAUAUUUCAACUAUUUUUUUUCAGUCUAUUAUUUGUUCUAUAAAACAUCUAAAACGAUGAAAAAGCAUCAAAUUCUCCAAAAUUUUCUGACUGAUUGUCCAAAAAUCCAAAGAUCUUGAGUUUAUUAAAACAUAAAACAAAGAAAAUCCAAUAAUUUCGUGUAUUUGAUAACCUUAAAUCCAUUAAAUAUUUGGCUUUUUUACUUUUUAAAAGGAACUAAACUGACUGAUCGAUUAAUUUUCUUUAUUUUGUUGCAGCUCAACAAACUUCAUCAGAAAUUCAGCUUAUUUAAUGUAAAUUAAAAUAUAACUUA